CUAAUUCUAAAGGUGACAGAUACACGUACCUUUAUUUCCGCGGCGCGUCAUACAUAUGAUCUGAUAAAUCAAAAACAAACCACGCUACCGCGUCUUCCUUUCGACCAGCCAGAUUUGAACGCGACGUCGGACUGUGGCGGUCAAGCGGGAGUAAGCGUCUGGUUUCAGUCCGGGGAUUAAUGUCUUAGUCGCAACGUCGAGGAAAUAAGGCCAUCUUGGUGCAGCUUAUUUUUUGCUCUAUGAGCUGAAAAAAAUCCCUGGAAUAAACGGAAUUGGAAUACCUGUAUCACCAAGGCCUUGGUGUUGACACUGAAGACUUUUCCACUCAAUUUUUGGGCACUCGCAACUUGUUGGCCGUUGCGUAAAUACAGUGCCACAGUCUGUGCUGGGGUUUGCGGGACUCUCCCCUCAUAUAGGGUCGGAUACUACAAGAUAUUUCAUUGUACAAAAGGUGUGCUGUCGACGAGGCGAGGCGGACAGGACCGGCAAGCAGCCACAGUUGAAUAAGAGACUGACAAUGGCGAUCCGGACACAGAUAAUAGUGGAACUAGUUGUCGUUAUUCUCAUAGGAGUACUAACAUGCGCUUAUGCUCAAGGAGGCGAUCCCCAGGACACAGCCGCUUUCCCGAUCAGCGGGUUCAGAUACGACUGCAAUGACUGGCCCACAGAUCUCUACGCCGACAACAGAAACUGUAGCAUAUUUCACCAUUGCCAGGACGACCGCCACGUGCGUUCAUACCACUGUCCUAAACUGACGCCGUAUUUUGACCGGUUCAGGAAGAGAUGCACAAUCUGGGCCAACGUGCCGUCCCAGUGCAAAUCCUCGGGGAAGAGAAUAACGUGGACACCGAGAGAUUGGAAAUGCCCGGAUGCAGCGUUCAGUUCCAACCCUCACCCUGACUGCACUCGUCUGUUCCUUUGUUUUGGCGGGAAAUACUCACUGACAGUCUGCCCAAGCGGGUUCCAUUACAGCGAAAAGGAUCUCCGCUGUGCGCCUUACCGAAACUCUACGAAGGAAUGCACGCCUUGGGGAGCGAGAGUGACAUGGCCCGGCUACACGACCACAACCACUACGACCAGGGCACCUUACACAUUUGUGUUCAGAACUACGACCACUACGACCACCACAACCACAACCACUCCAAUCCCAACUACCACAACUACCACGCCGCUCUUCCUCUGCCCAGACGGCAAGACUGGAUUCCAUCAUCAUCCUAUAAGAUGCGAUUCCUUUUUCAUCUGUACCAACUGGGAAUUCACUGAGCGCAGUUGUCCUGACAGCCAACAAUGGUUCAGUAAGGUUCGAGGCACCUGUGUCAAUAAGUUCAACCUGCGAGAUGAGUGUGACAGCAGGACGGGAAUCCGCUGGGAAGCUAAGACAACUACCACCACCACCACUACCACGCCUGCACCCACAACGCCACCUGUCUAUGAUUGCAAGGGGCAAGAAGGUAUUUUCCCAGACCCAGUAGGCUGCAGUGCUGUCUACUACCAGUGUAUAUACGCCGGAUCUCAGGUUUUGGAAAAACGCUGCAUGGGAAACCUCGUGUACAACCCCGACGGCGAAUGGGGAGGCCAUUGUGACGAGAGAAAUAACACUGCAUCCUGCGAAGUGGCAACAAAACCACCUCCAACCACUACGCCCCUCACAACCACAUCAUCGACAACCACAACCACGCGGGCAACCACCACCACAACAACAACUACAACCACCCCUCGCCCACCCCCACCCACCACCACGGGGCCCCAGUUUGACCCUGCCAAAUACCCAUCCCCCGUCGACUGCACCACCGUCGCAAAGAGCGGAUGGUACAAAGAUCCCAGAGACUGCAGAGUGUACCACCAGUGCCUCAACAAGAAAUACACGUUCGGUAUUUGUAACAACGGGGGCUUCUUCAACGCUAUGGGGCAAUUCUGCGACUCCCCCGGCAACGUCAUUGACGACUGUUUUCCCGACGGACGCAGGAGACUUGGCUGUCCUGAACCGGACAAGUUCUUCGUGCCUCACCCCUUUGAGUGUGCCCGCUGGUACUCGUGUCAAAAGGGGAAGGCUUCAAGGAGGCUUUACUCAUGUCCCCCGAAGACUUUUGCCACGGAGGGAGGGUGUCGACCGGCGGCCCAGGUCACCGACUGUGACGCCGAGGGAAAUAGAUAUGCCUCACCAAUUCCAACAACUACCACACCCAAACCAACACCCGUCGGCCAAUUGGUCACUGACAGCACAGGGGAAUUCACCUGUCCAUCCAACGGCCUGUUUAGAAAUGGCGAAGACUGCCGGAAGUUCUGGGAGUGCGCCAGCGGGUUUGCCACCAUCAAAGAGUGUUUUUAUGACGGGUACACUUUCCACCCCGAGGUGAAACAGUGUGUGCAUAACUCUGGAAACCCCUACUGUGAGGGAGUGAAACCCAUUACCCCGACGUCCACAACCACAACCACGACCACAACCACGACGCCACGACCAACCACCAGCGGCUGGCCUUGUGCAAGAGACGGAGAGAAGAUCCGCCAUGACACCAACUGCACCGUCUACUACACGUGUAACAAUGGCUUCCGCAGUAUCAACCUCUGUCCUGGUGGCACGGUCUUCAACCCUCUGAUCCUGACCUGUGACGUCACGGCCAAUGUGAAGGACUGCAAGGACGGAUUGCGUAUUGCUGGCACCACUGCAGUCCCAUGGUGGAGACGCACCACCCCACCCCCCACCACCCCCUCUGCCGUUCGCCCCAGGACCACAACCCGUAAACCCCGUACAACGACACCCCCUCCCACACAACCCCCUGUCACCAGGGCCCCCAGACCACGCACAACAACAACACGACGUGCACAACCACCGCCUGCUCCCCAACAAACCACCACCAGGCGCCCUGCGGCAACAACUCAGUACGUCGCCCCACCACGGGAAGAACCCCCAAGGGACACGGAGCCACCACGUACGGACGCCCCAGAGCCCAGUACGACGACGACAACGACGACGACGACUACAGAAGCGCCACCCAAGGAUGCCGGUGGUAGUAGCAUUAUUGGGAGAGACAGUAACGGAAGGAUAAGGAUCAUAUGCAACAGCAGGAGUUGUGGCGGCAGACGAUCAGGAGCUUCUGCCAUCUCGGCUGAUGCUGUCUCGUUGUUUUCGACAGUUGUUAUGACUGCUUUUACUCUCUUUGUGCUUUCAUAAGAGGUUCUAUUGCAGAUAAGUUAUAGAGAUUUUAUGUGAUACAACUGUGACAGUGAUUGCGCUUGAAAUGAAAAGGAAUUAUCUGGGAUUUAAAAUCGAUUCUGCUAUCCCGGAUGAAACCGUGUAUAUUUUAAUUUUUAAAAAAUGAACAAAAAAGAUGUAACAUCGAAGGCAUUCUGGUUUUUCAAAACAGACAUUUCCUUCUGACAUUCAGGAAUUAGAGAUUGAUAUGAAAAGAAGUCUUAAGACGCUUUCACAUUUAUAAGGAGACCCUUUGCACCGUUGCAAUACAGCGGUGGUGUCACUCGUAAAUAUGAAGAGAAUGCCGAACUGCACGUGUGCUUAUGUUGCACAGUGCAAGAUUCUUAAAAACGAUUGUUUGAUUGAAGGAUGUCAAAACAUCCGAAACUUUAUUUAUUUAUUUAUUUAUUUAUUUUUGAUAUAAUACGCACCCUUGUAUGUUGAGAGGUACAUGUGCAACUUGGAUUCGAAAAUUUUUUUCGAAUUUUUUUUUACUUCAUUUUUGAGAUUCUGUUUUUUAUUUUUCUCUCUCUCUUUUAAGAUUGAUACUUUUCUUAUAUCUGAAGUUCCCAUGGGAUCUUAAUAAAUAUUAUUGUAUAUAUGAAAGUAUA